CAGGAAACAACGGUAAAGGGGUCGACGAGAGAUUUUGCGGACCGGUGAGGGCGUUCGUGGCGCUGAGAAUACGGCUUGAGGGCUGCCUUGGUGGAGGGAGAGUUUAAAAUGACUUCGUUGCCGCGAGAGUCGGGGUCUGCAGCCUCGCAGCCUCACGCGCAUAUUCAGUUCGCAAUUCGCAGUUCGCGACUGAGCCGUACCAACAAGCAGCGGCGACAAUGGCCACCCAAAUCGCGCGGAAAGCUUCAUGGCUCGCCCUCUUCCUCAAUGCCGCCACUGUUCGCGCGGCAUUCUGGACUGCUACGACCCGGUAUCAGUACUCGCUGACGACCUCAUACUACACAUACGUCGAUGGCGACGUGGAUACCGAUACCUACACGCGGACGCGCACGAUCAAGUCCGGUGUGACACCCACAGGAGCGCCGGUAUCGACAUCCACGGACCCCUACUAUUCAGACGAAACUCUCCUGCUUAUCGAGGCCUACUACAGCUCCGGCGCCGUCGCGGAUUCAGACCUUGAGCCGACCUCGUACGACUACACCAUUGAUAGCAGCUACACCCAGUUCAGGAUGACAGUCACCGAAACAGCCCCCGCAUCGUGUCCGACCCAAUACGUGAUUACGACAGACGUGUCAGUGUCUGUACCCAGCAUCGUGGCCGACCAGCUUACGCCAAUUUCAAAGGAAACUGACACCAACACGAACUUCGGUUACUGGGAAACAUGGUAUUUGAGUGACGGCGCGGCGCCCUUCACGUCGACAACGGAGUACUACUAUGAGUACUACCUCGCCAGCUGCACAACACCUUACUCAUAUGCCACCUCCACCGGUUUACGCAGCGGCGGCGGCAGCAGCAGUAGCGAUGAUGACGACACCGAUCUCACGAUGUGUUCGUGGUAUGGCGCCUGCACGAGCGUGAAGACGUGGGUCAUCGUCAUCGCAUCCAUAAUUCCUAGUCUAUUCGUCCUCGGGUUCCUCGAGAGCUGGUUGUGGUUCCGGCGGUUGAUGCUUGGGAAGGGUGCGUUGCGCUUCGGAACCAUAUGCUGGAUCAUGAUUUCGCUAUGGGUGGCGUGCUUCACGCGCUCGCAAAGUGCCCGCAGCCCGGAGGACCAGAAGCUGCUCCGCGAGAAAUGGAACCAGAUGGGCUCUUGGGAGGCCUUUAAGAUGUGGUGGAAAUGGGGCUUCCGCCACGCAUACCCGGUCCCUCUUCUGGGCCAGUACUCACGCAACACGGUCGGCAUCGUGCCAGCAGGACAGCAAGUCGUACCGCAGAUGCAGCAACAAAACAUGUAUCCUGGCGGUCCUCCUCCACCCGGCGCAGCAUACCCAAGCGGAGUACCUCAAGGGCAAGCCUACUACUUCCCGCCGCCUCAAGGCUGGUCGCCAGUGCCAAAUGGUCAAGGCUAUCCGAUGCCGCCCCCUGGCCAGGUGUAUAUGCCGCCACCGGGUCAAGCUUAUAUGCCGCCCCCGAAUGGUAUGCCAGUAUACUACGGCGAUCAAUCGAAAGAGGCACCGUCCGUAACCGAGGCUUCGGUCUCACCAAUCCAGCCGCCGGCGCAGCCCAUACCUACACCACCGCAGCCCAUUCCUUCGCCACCUACCAACGUCUCAGAAGUUUCUGCUACACCACAGCCUAUGGCUCCACCACCAGCAGGCGUUGUGGAAGCGCCCGCUCCUCCGCAACCAGCGCCGUCACCGCUCACGAAUGUUUCAGAAGUCUCAGCAACACCUCAGCCAUAUCCGCAGCAACCGUAUAAUCCACCAGGGUCACCGGACCCACAGCCACCGAGGCAAUCUUAGAGAACGCAUUUCCUAAUAGUAAUGGAUCGUAACGCCAGUAUUCAUGGGGUCUUAUGGCCGCGCGUGUAAUUUAUAUUCAAGGUGGACUUUUUCGGAGCUCCAUUUGAUAUCCCGAGGCCAGUCGGUUCUUUCUAUCACAAUACCCAGCACUUUCUUAGCGACAGUCAAUACUAGCGUCAAAUUUUCAAGAGUAUCCCGUGCGCAAGCUUCCA